AUGAGGAGGAGGAACCUGGGAGAGGAAUGGGAGCUCGGGGAAAGAUCCCCGUUGGUCCCCAUCGAGACCCCGCGGGGCCCCGUCGAGACCCCACAGGGCCCCGUCAAGACCCCACGGGGCCCCGUCAAGACCCCACAGGGCCCCGUCAAGACCCCACAGGGCCCCAUCAAGACCUCGCAGGGCCCCGUCAAGACCCCACAGGGCCCCGUCAAGACCCCACAGGGCCCCGUCGAGACCCCACAGGGUCCCGUCAAGACCCCACGGGGCCUCGUCAAGACCCCACAAGGCCCCGUCAAGACCCCACAGGGCCCCGUCAAGACCCCACGGGGCCCCGUCAAGACCCCACAGGGCCCCGUCAAGACCCCGCAGGGCCCCGUCAAGACCCCGCGGGGCCCCAUCAAGACCCCGCAGGGCCCCGUCAAGACCCCGCGGGGCCCCGUCAAGACCCCACAGGGCCCCGUCAAGACCCCACGGGGCCCCGUCAAGACCCCACAGGGCCCCGUCGAGACCCCACAGGGCCCCGUCAAGACCCCGCGGGGCCCCGUCAAGACCCCGCAGGGCCCCGUCAAGACCCCACGGGGCCCCGUCAAGACCCCGCGGGGCCCCGUCAAGACCCCACAGGGCCCCGUCGAGACCCCACAGGGCCCCGUCGAGACCCCACAGGGCCCCGUCGAGACCCCGCAGGGCCCCGUCGAGACCCCGCAGGGCCCCGUCAAGACCCCGCGGGGCCCCAUCAAGACCCCGCAGGGCCCCGUCAAGACCCCGCGGGGCCCCGUCAAGACCCCACAGGGCCCCGUCAAGACCCCACAGGGCCCUGUCAAGACCCCGCAGGGCCCCGUCAAGACCCCACAGGGCCCCGUCGAGACCCCGCAGGGCCCCGUCAAGACCCCACGGGGCCCCGUCGAGACCCCACAGGGCCCCGUCAAGACCCCACGGGGCCCCGUCAAGACCCCACAGGGCCCCGUCAAGACCCCACAGGGCCCCGUCGAGACCCCACAGGGCCCCGUCGAGACCCCACAGGGCCCCGUCGAGACCCCGCGGGGCCCCGUCAAGACCCCACGGGGCCCCGUCAAGACCCCGCGGGGCCCCGUCGAGACCCCGCAGGGCCCCGUCGAGACCCCACGGGGCCCCGUCGAGACCCCGCAGGGCCCCGUCAAGACCCCGCGGGGCCCCGUCGAGACCCCGCAGGGCCCCGUCAAGACCCCACGGGGCCCCGUCAAGACCCCACAGGGCCCUGUCAAGACCCCGCAGGGCCCCGUCAAGACCCCACGGGGCCCCGUCGAGACCCCACAGGGCCCCGUCGAGACCCCGCAGGGCCCCGUCAAGACCCCACGGGGCCCCGUCGAGACCCCACAGGGCCCCGUCGAGACCCCGCGGGGCCCCGUGGCUUCAUGGCUGCGGCUUCUGGCGGCGCGGCGCGGAGUCACGGGGGCCGCAUUCCGCAUUCGACUCGCGGCAGCUCAACUCGCGGAGCCACUGGAGGCGGCGUCCGGCCCGGGGCUGCUGCUGCUGCUGUCGAGCUACGAGCGGCUCGAGGCGACCUCCCGCAGCGGCGGCGGCGGCGCUCGCUGCACGUGA